AUGGCCGCCGCCGCCACAGCCGUCGCCGUCGCCGUCGCCGAGCCCAAGACCAAGUACGAUCGCCAGCUCAGGAUAUGGGGUGAUCAAGGACAGGCUGCACUGGAGAAGGCUAGCAUAUGCUUGCUUAACUGUGGCCCUACCGGAACUGAAGCACUGAAGAACCUUGUGCUUGGAGGGAUAGGGAGCGUUACUGUUGUUGAUGGCGCCAAAGUCGAACAGGCUGACCUGGGAAACAAUUUUUUAUUGGAUGAAGGGUGCUUGGGUCAAUCAAGGGCAAAAUCCAUCUGUUCUUUCCUACAAGAGCUCAAUGAUGCGGUGAAAGCCAAGUAUGUUGAGGAGUCUCCAGCGACAAUGAUAGAUACAAAUCCUUCCUUCUUUUCCCAGUUCACUGUUGUCAUUGCUACCCAGCUUCCGGAAACUUCUUUAUUGAAGUUAGAUAGUAUAUGCAGGAGUGCUAAUAUCGUGUUAGUUGCUGCACGUUCUUAUGGUCUAACUGGGCUUGUCAGGGUCAGCAUCAAGGAGCACUGUGUUAUAGAAUCAAAACCGGACCACUUCUUGGAUGACUUACGGUUGCACAAACCAUGGACUGAACUCAAGCAAUUUGCAAAGUCGAUCGAUAUAUGCGACAAAGAUGCUGUUGUGCACAAGCAUACUCCAUACAUUGUUAUCCUUGUGAGGCUUGCAGAAAAAUGGGCAGAUGCGCAUGAUGGGCAGUUACCUUCGACCAGGCAAGAGAAAAGGGAAUUUAAGGACCUAAUUCGAGCGCAUAUGCUGAAUGUAGAUGAAGACAAUUACAAAGAAGCAGUAGAAUCUUCAUAUAAAGUCUCAGUAACUCCAGGAAUCAGCAAUGAUAUCCGUCAGAUAAUUGAUGAUAGCUCUUCUGAAGUCAAUAUGUCUUCUUCAGAUUUCUGGGUUUUAGUGGCUGCUUUGAAGGAAUUUAUUGCAAAUGAGGGCAAUGGUGAGCUACCUCUUGAGGGAACAAUACCUGACAUGACAUCCCUUACAGAGUAUUAUGUAAGCCUACAAAAGAUUUACCAAGCUAAGGCUGAAUCUGACUGUCUUGCGAUGGAGCAUCGUGUAAAGAGUAUCUUGAAACGAAUUGGCAGAGACCCUGAAUCCAUUUCAAGGGCAUAUAUCAAAACAUUUUGCAAAAACACUAGAAAACUCAGAGUAUGCAGAUACCGCAGCAUGGAAGAGGAGUUUAGCGCUCCAGUCCUAUCUGAAGUUCAAAAGUACUUCGCUGAUGAAGACAGUUGCUUCGCAAUGAACUUCUAUAUUCUGCUACGUGCUGCUGACCGGCUUGCUGCCAACUAUAGCAGAUUACCUGGAAUAUUCGACAGUGAGAUUGAUGAGGAUGUUCCUAGGCUGAAGCUAGCUGCUGUCGCGGUGCUAACUGAAAUGGGUUUGAACGGAGCAUCACUGUCUGAAGACCUGAUAACUGAAGUGUGCCGGUUUGCGGGUGCAGAGAUCCACCCUGUCGCUGCCUUUAUUGGUGGAAUGGCCUCCCAGGAAGUAAUCAAGCUGGUGACCAAGCAGUUUGUACCGUUGAUGGGAACAUUCAUAUUCAAUGGAAUCGACCUCAAAUCUCAAGUUUUGGCAUUAUAGCAUUGUUUGUGAUCUUCUAGAGCACUGGAAUGGUCAUCCAAUUGGUUAAACCUUAGUAGUCCCAGAUUAUGCGUCACGUCCUCGGUGCAGUGAAAUCAUUUUGCCUGUAGAUACCUUCAUACUGAGGUAGUGUAAUUCGCACAGUGAGUGGCUAUGUGCCGGUUGGCAACUAGCUCUAUAAACAUUAUGAGGCCCUCUCCCUCUCUUUUGGCACUA